AUGCACAAUAUCGUUAUUCCCUCCCAACUUGUCCUGACUGGCCCAGGCAGUUUGCUUGACCUGCCUGUUGAGUUGCGGCGAAAUGCUGAGCGCACUAUGUCCGCCAAUCCCGGGUUCCAAGUAAGAUGGUUCAGCGAUGCAGAUUGCCACUCAUACAUCACGAGGCAUUUCGAUGCAGAGCUUGCUGGAAUGUUUCGUCGUGAAUACCGCGGUUCCUUCAGAGGAGAUCUUUGCCGAACAGCAGUACUGUACCGCGAGGGUGGGUUCUAUGUAGACCUAGAUUUCGAAUUAUUGGUUCCGUUGACCUCACUUGUCGGGCUCUCGACGACGUUCAUGUCCGCGUACACGGCCGACGGUGCCAUGCUCAAUGCCAUAAUGGCCAGCGAGCCUUUCAGCUCAAUCCUUUAUGCAGCGCUUGUGGAGCUGCGGAAGUGGUAUCGUGGGCAAGUCCCUCGAAUCUAUGACGCGACUCUGGACGGCAACGAGUGUCACAACGAAUGGAUGGGUCCACUGACGCUGCGCCGAGGAAUUCGGCAAUUCAUGCAGGCCGCAUGCCCAAGCACAGUGCUGACCUCUUCCCAGUUGGAUGUCGUUUGCGGCACACAGGUGCUACGAUUCUACCGGGAACGCGAACUACAGUGCACAGUUGGUAAGCAAUCGCGGGAAUGCUCCGAUGAGCGAGCACGGUCCCCCUUUGCUGGCUCGAAGUAUGGUUUGUUUGCUCCAGGUCCAGAGAUGUACCGAGAACGGUUGUUGAUUGGUUGGCCGCGCUUCGAAGCCUGCAGGGUUAGAGGUUGCUCAGAGACUUCGGAGUCUUUCCGAUGGGAGCGACCAGAGGAGCGCCUGCAGCUGGACUGGCUGCUUCGAGCACGGAUGAUGCCCUGCAUGUGCCCUGAGCAGUUCCAGACGGCUCAGAAGCUCAUCACAGGCUUGAUCUUUUCCCUGCCGAAAGUUCCCAAAGAGCAUCUGGGUCCGGCAUGCGAUCAGUUCCGACCUUUCAUCGAGGCCGGCGACUUAGAGUGCGCCACGGCGGUCGUUUCCAGCAGCCUGCUUUGUGCAAGCGCGGCCUCGGGCAUCGAUCCGCAGCUUUCCCGCACCUUCCUGGCCAGGGCCCUGCAGGCCUCCUUGGGCGGCUCUACCGUGCUUUGCUACGAGCAGAUGUGGAUGAUCAGGAUGGACGAGAUCCUGGAUAACUUCUAUCGCCUGCACAUGCCUGAGUUUGCAGAGGCCACGCUCAACUGGACACUGUACAACAGCUCUUCCGAGGCCUUCAGCCGCACCCCAGAAGAGCUUGCCAGCAGCAUCGUCCGCAUUCGAUCGGCGCUGGCGCUGUCCAGCUUCAGGGUGAUGCCAUCUAUGCGGGGCAGUGGCUCGGAGAGUCUUGGCAGCAACUUCGUUCGCCGGACGGAGGGCGAUACGACGGCCAGUUCCGCCAUGACAAAGCUCAUGGCGUUGGCAGGCACAGCUCUUGCACACUGCCGUGUGGAAGCCCACGGACAUGGCAAGUUUAGCCAUUCGGACGGGUCCUCCUAUGAAGGCGACUGGGAGAUGGAUACCAAGUCCGGCCGAGGAAUUGAAAUCUGGGCGGACGGGUCUCACUUCAAGGGUGAGUACAAGAGUGGGAUGAAGCACGGAUCCGGCUUCUUUCUGUCUGCCGACAGCUCCAGCUACUCGGGGCAAUUUGCGCAAGAUGCGAUGGAAGGUCAGGGCAUCUACAGAUUCGCGGAUGGCAGAGUGUUCACGGGCGCUUGGCAUGCGAGUCAGAUGCACGGCGAUGGCACCAUGACUUGGCCAGACGGCCGCUCUUAUACUGGUGGCUUCCUAGAGGACCGCAAGUCGGGAGAGGGCACCUUCACAUGGCCCGAUGGAAGAUCCUACUGUGGACAAUGGGAGAUGGGCCGACAGCACGGUGUUGGCGUGUUUAUCGACACCAAGGGCAGGCCUUACGGGGGACCAGUUGCCUUCAUUGAGCGCUGCUGUGUUGAAUGCCCGUGCGGCCUAGAUGUUGAAUUCUUAGACCUUGCAGAAUUCUAA